AUGUUAGCACCAGCAGCUCGAUUUUUCCCGAGGUUUGCCUCAGGGAAAGCAUUCUUUCGCCCAGUUUCCAGUCUGUCGUCGAACCCUCGCAUUAAAGUUUUCCCCGCCGAUGCAUCGCGAGCUUCGUUUCUCCUCUCAUAUCUCGAAGAUGAGCCGCCCAAUCAGAGGCUAGCUAUCGGAUUCUCUGCGACAGAUCCCCCGACUCCACGUUCGUUCACUGAGAACCAGGCAUUCACCAAGAUACUGUAUGAAGUCCUCACCGAGAACGCGCACAAAGACAAGGACCUCUUAGCUCAGGCGCAAGCUUUUGCUGGCCCUGGCGGGGCCAAUCUCGGCUCCGGAGGAGCUUUUUUCUCGCAGAAGAAUACCAAGCGCUCGUCAAGCAAGGUCGGCGGCGGCGGCGGCGCCGGAGGCAGCGGUGCUGGCGGUGCCAGUGCCCAAGGAGGCGCUGGUGGAGGCGGGCACGGUGGUUACGUCCACCUUAGCGACUCGAGAAACCCUCCCGACUUUGGCCGGAUUGCAUGGCCCGAAGACAUCUUGGGCAGUGUUGAGGUUGAUCAGCGUGGCAAUAUCAUUGGGCAGCUCGAGCCUAGUGGGACGUAUCGUAUCAUCACCAACGAGGGAAUCCUUGGACUUAGUCCGUUCCUCACAGAGAAGCUCAUUGAGAGACUUCGUGCAGAAGACAAGAAGGACAAGUCAUAG